AUGGACGGUCAAAGGCAACAAUACUUCACGACAGGCCUUCCUCCACCCCCUCCACGGGUGCCGGCGCAACUCCAGCCUGUCGGAGUGCCUGGCAUGCCACCUCCUCCACCGGGCCCACCGCCAGUGCAAACAGGGUAUGUUCAAUCAUGGCAACAGCAACCUGCCUACGCUCGCCAGGUCAUGACACCCGGAUACACUCUGCCACCGCCGCCACCUCAACCUCAGCACGUCCCAUAUAAACCAGCCAAUUUUUCUGCCGUGGACACAUCCUACCCUUCGGCGACUUUUGUCCCUGGAGAUACACCCCUCACCUCGGCAACAUACGUCCCUGGCAAUGACACUAUCGGCGGGUUUCCACCAUUAUAUGAGCACUUUCACGGGCGGUCUACCUAUGAGCCUUAUGGGCAGCGCCCUGCGGGAGCCCCGGUAUAUUCUGAAGGGGCAUACAAUCCGCAGACCCCAGGAGGAGGACGAACAAUGGCCCCGCCGUUUGGCAUCCACAAUAAUUUUCAUGAACUGCCUAAUGAGCAUGUGAAUCCGCCGCCACAGAAUGUUAACCCCGUGACAGAUCUCACAAAGUCGCCAAGUCAUCGCCAUAAUACCAGUGGCGCGUCAUUGGGUGGUCUUUCGCCAAGUGAGGCGGCAGCGCAAUGGCCUCUCGAUAAGGUCCUGCUCUGGCUUGCUAGGAACCAGUUUUCCAAGGAUUGGCAGGAUACUUUCAAAACGUUAGAGCUACAAGGCGCUGAAUUCUUGGAGCUGGGCCUCCAAUUCGGUGGGCGAGGCAAUCUUGGAAAAAUCCAUCAGGUUGUCUAUCCUCAGCUGGCUAAGGAGUGCGUCCGAAAUGGCACUGGAUGGGACUCGGAGCGUGAACGCGUGGAGCGCAACGAAGGUCUGCGUAUUCGCAAACUUAUCCGCCAACUCCACGAUGGAGCAACGGACUUUUCUGUAUCUACACCGCUGCGCCAGGAGGCACCAGUCAUUGAGCCUGGUACUACUUAUUUUCCUCGAGAACCCCGUUCAGCCAUUGAAGGGACAAAUGAUAUUACUGCAGAGCAGCUGGCUGCCGCAAACACCUCCGGCCAAAAGGGUAACCAGGGAACACGCUCUUUCACCACGCCAAAUCCCACUGGGCACGGCUCACCCUACGAGUCCCCUCUACGUGAGACUGCUCCUGCGCGAUCAGAAUUUACACGUGGUACUCUAUCGGCAGCCCUUGGUGAACAUCGCCGCCAAAGCCCGUCUCUAUCUAACGAUGCGGCAACCUUUGCAGGGUCUUCUUCUCUUCGGCCAGAAAGCAGCCCGAAGAGUGGCAGUCCCGCUACACAGUUUGCGUCACCUUCGUAUGGCGGACAGGCAUCAUCGUCCACCUCAGACUUGCCUUUCAGACACGACCACUCUCGUGGGAACAGUACUGACUCGGUCCCUGGCGCUGGCCGAGGCCCUAAUUCUGGAAUUGGUGCCCGUUACUAUGAGAACCGCAAAGGCCCCGAGGCUGCUCGCCCAUCACCUCAGGACGCCCAUGGCCGGCCGUGGGGUGGGGAGCCUUCCUCUUGCCACGCAAAGGACCACAGCAAAGGGUUCUUCGACCGGCUCAGAAAGAGAACCAAAGGAACCGAUUCGAGUUACCCAUCGCCUAAAGAAUCAGACCACGAACCCCCGAGCCCAGAUCCUCGCUAUGUACCUUAUUCAGUGCCUGGUUUCAGCACCAGUGACUUGUCUCUAGCUGAGCGCCCAUUAUCAGCAACAACAGCUAAAGUUAAAAAAUGGGUCCUAGUGACCGUAGACGGCUUGAAUUACCGCUUGAUCGACAUUACGGAUAUGGACACGCCAGAUUCCCUUCGUGCAGGCAUUUGUAAUAAGCUAGGGAUAUCUGAAUGGGGCAGCGCCCAAAUAUUUCUCACUGAACCUGGACAAGCUGAUCACGAUGAUUACAUGAAUGACGAAUCCUUGUCUCGCUUUCGAAAACAGAAACCAGAUCAACAUGGUUCUCCGAGGUUGUUAUUUGUCAAAGGCAGAAAACCCCGUCCGUCUCCAAUGGAUGGUCUUGGUGUUUCAAUAUCUUCAGUAUCCCCCGACAAGCAGGCUGUGUCUCCUACGGCAAUGCAUACCCCCAUCAUUCGGAAACCCGUGGGUGAAGAACCGAGGAUAUCACCACAGACUCACGCGAAUCCCAAUUCACCUUUCACGAGCUCCCGGCAGACGACACUCAAGGCCACCACACCUGGUGCCUCCUCACAAGCGGAUCCUCAUAAGGACGACCUAUCUGCUCGCCAUGAGGCAUACAAACGAGAGGUUGAGCGAAAGCAAGAGGAAAAUCAUAUCUCACGGCACCCGCCUUCCCCGGGGCUGCCCCGCGAUGGUAGUCAUCAAAAUGGAUUCAGAAGUGCAAAAGUCAUCGAUUUUGACAAGCCUCGUGAUUCACCAUUCGAAGCGAAGAAAGUCUCGCCGUCCGAUGACAAAAAGUCGGAAACACUGGUGCCCUUCCGGAGACCGCCCGUUGCUCCAAACGAGUCGAACACGCUCACCAAGGUCAAUUCCCUUCGAAAACCGCCUGGAACCCACAGCUUGGGGGCUGCCAUCACUGGCGUUGGCCGGGUAAUCAGCGCGACUGGCAACCCAUCGGUCAACGUCUCUUCCACGCCUUCUUCUGCCAGUCGCGAUAGUGCCAGCUCGGAUGAUCGGCCACCGACCAUUUACUCUGCUGAAACAGCCUCGAGUAGGACAACAUUGGGUACGCCUACACACCAACCAUAUUUUUGUAAUAUUGGUGAAUAUUAUUCUAUGGCUAGACCGGACACUGACAAAAACCCCAUUACAGAUUCUUCUCAAAGUGGUCCAAAACUUUCCGCGGAAAAGAUCAAUGAAAAUUCGCCUGUAUCUUUUGCUACUUCUUCUGCGAAGGAUGACCUCCCCGAGCGGCCGUCCCUGCCAACCCGCAAGUCGUUUGGUCCAGCAUUCGAUUUCGAGGAGAACGAAGUCUCCUUCCAGCGAACCACACAGCCAGCGGCACAAGCCGAGGACUCUGAUGAUGAUGACUCGUCUGAUGAUGGUCUCUUCAUGGUUCCUUUGGCUCACAAGAACGAGAGCAAGCCUGAACCUGAACCGGAGACGAAGACCAUGCAGCGCAACCUCACCGUAAACACGGAUCUCAAGGGGCCAAGGGUCAGCUUUGCAUCUCCAGUCCCUGCAGAAAGUUCUGGCGGAGAUACUUCUGACAACCAGGACACUGGAACUUUCUACCAUGAUCAUUCGCCCGUUGAUGAGAACCCUCCUAACCGAAGAAACUCAUUUGCCAAUGGAGAUGUCUGGGCUAGCAGACCCCCUGUGGAAGGAGUCAUCGACAAUCUAGAUAGCUUCUUCCCAGAUGUCGAUCUGGACGCGCCUUACCUGGAUGAACCGGCCUCGCCAAGCUCCAAGGUCAAUCAAUUUGAUGAUCCGAACUCUCGGGGAAAACCGCCACAACCGCCUCCUAUACCAUCGUCGAAUAUGGAUUCAAACAAUCCUUACGGGACUGAUGCAUCAACCAUGCGACCGCAGGCAGGGUCUAAGGUCGUUGCUAAUAAGUUGAUGAACCAAGGAGGUGGAUUUGGCGGCGGUAAAGGCCUCGGAAGAACCAAAUCCAUUCGACAAGUUGCACAUGAUUCUCAUCGCACCAAAAGCGUCAGCUCUUCUGGUCCGCAACAGUCAGGAAUGCUCCGUCGCAAGAGUACGAAAAUGUUCGGUGCCAAAAUCAUGCAGAUCAGUCCAAAACCCGGCAGUCGAAUCAGCCGGCUCGAUCCCAUCCCGCAAGGUACCAGAGAGGCUGGGCCGAGUGGCUCUGUUCCAGAACGCCAGCCUACCUUCCGUAUCAUCCGUGGUCAACUAAUUGGAAAAGGUACUUAUGGUCGUGUUUACCUAGGCAUGAAUGCCGACAAUGGUGAGGUUUUGGCUGUGAAACAAGUUGAGAUCAAUCCACGGAUUGCCGGAACCGACCGAGACCGCAUCAAGGAAAUGGUAAAUGCUCUCGACCAAGAGAUCGAUACCAUGCAGCAUCUCGAGCAUCCGAACAUUGUUCAAUACCUUGGUUGCGAACGAGGUGAAUUAUCCAUUUCCAUCUACCUCGAGUAUAUUUCUGGUGGGUCCGUUGGUAGUUGUCUACGGAAACACGGUAAAUUCGAAGAGAGCGUUGUGAAAUCGCUCACUCGACAGACCCUCAGUGGUCUCGCCUAUUUGCAUGACAAGGGAAUUCUCCACCGAGACAUGAAAUCAGACAAUAUUCUCUUGGAUCUCGAUGGUACAUGCAAAAUUUCCGAUUUCGGUAUCUCUAAGAAAACCGAUAACAUCUACGGCAACGAUUCCACCAAUUCUAUGCAAGGUUCAGUCUUCUGGAUGGCUCCGGAGGUUAUUCAGUCCAAGGGUCAAGGCUACAGUGCCAAGGUUGACAUUUGGUCCCUCGGUUGUGUGGUGCUAGAGAUGUUCGCAGGUCGUCGUCCAUGGAGCAAGGAAGAGGCAAUCGGCGCGAUCUUCAAGCUAGGUAGUCUUGGUCAAGCUCCUCCUAUUCCAGAUGAUGUGAGCGCAAAUGCGUCUCUCGCGGCUCUUUCGUUCAUGUGGGAUUGUUUCACAGUUGACUCCGCUGAACGGCCCACAGCUGGCACCCUGCUCACUCGGCACCCAUUCUGUGUAUCGGAUCCAACGUACAACUUCCUCGAUACUGAAUUGUAUGCCAAAAUUCUGCCGCCCUCCUAG